AUUGCUGCUUGGUGCAGCAAAUUUUUCUUCCAUAUAAGUAAUUGGCUCGAAAAGAUGUAUGAAAAGUACAUCGUUUAGCGUACGAGAAAGUGCGGGAGAGUUCCAAGUGUCCCGCUAGUGCUAUUGACGCCAUCUGUUUAUGUAAAUAGGAUAAGAAAACGGCAUAAAAUGUUUCCGGAAACGUUGGUCUUUGCGCUAGCGCUGUUCAUCACGGGUGCCAUCCUAUUUCUGCUUAUUUACUACCUGAUUAUACUGUCCGAUCUGGAAUGUGAUUAUCUGAACGCACAGGAAUGUUGUUCGAAGCUCAACUUUUGGUCCAUUCCCAAGCUGGCUGCCCAUGGGUUUCUGACCUUCUUGCUGCUCAUUCAUGGUAACUGGGUCCUGUGCCUGGUGAACCUGCCCAUGGUGGGUUGGCUCGUGUGGGAACAGUAUCGUGUGCCUGCCGGAAACAUUGGCAUUUACGAUCCGGCCGAGAUCCACAACCGAGGCAUGGUGAAGAAACACCUGCGGGACACCAUGAUAGGAUUGGGUUUUUAUUUGAUUAUCUUCUUCGUUUAUCUUUACUGUAUGAUAAUCGCCUUACUGAAGGGAGAUCCGAUUAGACGACAUGAAGAGGAGGAAAUUGUGACGGAAUUCUAAAUACUCGAACUCCAGGACAAAUAUUCGGUCCGAACGUGUGCGCUAGUGAAAUGGCAUUUCAAAUGAUUCUUUCAUUCAUAAACCCAUAAAAGGCACCUUUAGAGGGUCGGUACAUGCCGGCAUUAGUAAUGCAUAAUAGGUUUAGUAAAUUAUGAUUUCAAAUCUGUCGACUUCCUCUAGCCAAAGAAUACUCACAAGUGAAAGUAAUUUGCGUAAAAUAUAUAAAUAAUA